AUGGAGGACGAAGUCAUUCGCUUGUUCGACAGCAACGGCACGACCCUCCUGGACUCUAUCCAUGCCGACUAUGAGGACUCGUUCUGCCUCGAGGCUUUCGGCGACCUGGCCAGAGCCCACUACGAGUCCGAGCCCAAGGGCACCAAGUGCUUCAUCAUCGCCAGGGUGCAAACCUGGGACCACAAGCAGCCCGAUCGAGCCUUCUACUCAUACUACAACGCAUUCGAGCUCAACAAGAUCCUCUUUCAGACGCAGGUGUACUUGGGCAAGAACUUGAUCCAUCGCUUGCAUGUGCUCAACCCGCUGACCAACACCGACAUCAUUGGCAAUGUGCAAUACUUUAUGGUCCGCAUAGCCAAUUCCAGUGCGGACUCAUCCAGUCCCUCAGAGGAGAGUACCAAGACCGUGAAGGAUGCAGAUGUGGUCGCCAGUCAGCCCGGCGGUCCCCCGAAAGCAGAAAACGAGCCGGUGCCUCUCGUGAAAAGGAAGCUGUCGAUCCAGAUUCCGCUGCAGCGACUGCCAACGCAUCCGCCGGCCGAAGGUCUGCGCGGCGCCCAGCUCAUGGGGCUGGAUCCGAGUCCCACAGUCAAGGCCAUCGAGUCGGGGGCGCCGUCGACCUGGACGAUGGCCAGCCCGGCGGUUAUCGAAGACCUGGAUGCCGAGGACCCAAAGAGCCCAAGGAGGCGCCGCUUGAGUCUCAAGCCGGUAUCGACGGCAAUCGUUCCUGCACGCCGACAGUCGAUGGCACCCGCAACCAGGAAAGCUUCGAUUGUGGCUCUUCCGUCACCCACUCGCAAGGCCACCCUGAAGGAGGCCGAGGAAGGUGCUGUCCAACACCCGCACUCUGCAGAUGCACCCAACCCACGAAACCGGCUGCAUUCCAUCUCGUAUGCAGGGGCCAGUCCGAUGUCGAUCGAUCCCAGUGUGAUUGGGCGACGCCACUCUCUGUCGCCCACAGCCAUAUCCACAUAUGCCAAGCUCCCAGACCAGCCGCUGUCGCUCGGCAACUACGAGAAGACCAAGGCCCCUAUCCCGGUCGGCUUUGUCACCCGAUUUGCGGUGCCGAUCCCCGCGACGGAGGCUGGGAAAAUGGCUCCGCCAACACCGGCAUCCCGCCGCCGAUCGCUCUCGUACGUGAAUGCAAUUACACCCACAGGACAAAAGGCGACGUUUUCCCAGUGGCUGGAGAUGGUUCAAAAGGAUAAAAAGUCACCUGCCAAGGCCCCACCUAUCACCGAGAACCCCUUUGACGAAGGCACUGAAGCCACCAAGACGGUGCGCGAUGAAGAAACCAAGAGGCCUGAACUCGUACAUGUGUUUGAUGCCUUUCUGUUUGCGACCGACAACGACUUUUUGGAGAACAGAAAGAUCCGGGCGAUAUUCAAGGCAAACGCAAUUGAUCCGAAAGACGCCGUUCUCUUCGAGAUGCCUGAGUACACGGGUGCCGAGGAUACCCCGGUGACGGUGCUGGUAGAUGACCCGCUCUGCGAGUGGUGCUAUCCCAGCCCGCAGUCCCUCGAUGGAGCCAACCCAUGCGUCGUUGCAUUCCAUCAGUGGAAAUGCUACCUCGUCGCUCUCAUUCUGAUGGGAGGCAUGUUCAUUUUCAUCUUCUUCACGCUGAACUCGUCCGCCUCGGCGUCCUCGGGGAAUAAUCCGACAGGCCAUUCGUGAAGUCACAC